AUGCCUUCCAUCAUCGUGAAGGAUGGCACCGAGAUCUACUACAAGGACUGGGGCAACAAAGACGGCCCAACGGUUGUUUUCUCCCACGGAUGGCCCUUGAACGCCGACAACUGGGAAGCGCAAAUGUUCUUUUUGGCCAACAAGGGCUUCCGCGUGGUUGCGCACGACCGUCGCGGCCACGGACGGUCCAGUCAGCCGUGGGUUGGGAAUGACAUGGAUACCUACGCCGACGACUUGCUUGCCCUCUUGGAGCAUUUGGACCUCAAGGAUGUCAUGAUGGUCGGCCAUUCUACAGGCGGUGGAGAAGUGACUCGCUUCCUCGGCCGCCACGGCAGCAGCAGAGUCCGCAAGGCUGUCCUCGUGGCCGCGAUUCCACCCCUGAUGCUCAAGACCGACACCAACCCGCGGGGCUUGCCAAUGAGUGUCUUUGACGGCUUUAGGGCAGCGAUGGAAAAAAAUCGCGCGCAAUUCUUCCUCGACGUGCCCACCGGACCGUUCUUUGGAUACAACCGUGAAGGUGCCCAUGUGAGCCAGGGUCAAAUCUGGAGCUGGUGGCAGCAGGGCAUGAUGUGUGGAUUCAAGAAUGCCUACGAGUGCACUCGCGUCUUCUCGGAGACCGAUAUGAGGGAGGAUCUGAAGAAGAUUGACAUUCCGGUCCUGGUCAUCCAUGGUGAUGACGACCAAAUCGUCCCCAUCGCGGCAAGCGCCCAUGAAUCGAUCAAGCUGCUCAAGCACGGAACAUUGAAGGUCUAUCCCGGCGGUGCUCAUGCUUUGCCCAACCUCGUCCCGGACGACAUCAACAAGGACUUGCUCGAGUUCUUCCAGGGAUGA